GUGAGACACUGACAACACCGUAUGUCAGAAUACGUGGCCCGAAGGUUUACGAGAUUUGUGCCUCUUGUUUAUAUUUUUUAUUGCAAUAAUUCGACAAAAAUCGCUUUUGAAGCCAUAGUGUGGCUUCCAACAAGAUGAUGAAUUCGCAAUACCUUCCCCCCGGACAAAAUAACAAUGCACCAAACAACCCCAUCGGCUACCCGCCUACAGCGCAGGACUUCAACGGAGUUCAGAACGCGAACAUGUUCAACCAGAUGCCUCAGAAUGGGCCACAGAUGGGCGGCAAGCCAUUCGACCAGAACGACAUGGCGCAGAAAAUGCAGACAAUGAAUAUCAACGGACCGGGCUUCCCACCUUCGCAGAUGCCAUCGGGGCAACUCCCUCCUGGAGCAAAUUUCCCUCCCACAUCCAACUUCCCGAUGGGCCAAUUACCACCUGGUCAAAGGCCACCGGGCCAGUUCCCUCCAGGCCGACCCCCAGUUAGUGGAGCACCCCCACAGAUGAUGCCCCCCCAAAAACAAGGCCCCCCGUCCUCUCAACCGGGCCCUGUGCCUACAUCGCAUCCAGGUUUCAUGCCACCACCAAGUCAGACUCCGAACCAGUUUUCGCAAGGGCCUCCGUCGAUGCAGGGUCCCCCGAUGAGUCAAGCCAGUCAGCAACCUUUGGGUUCCGGGAAGAUGCCACCCCACUCGCAACCAGGUCUUCCGCCGCAGUCCGGGCCGAUGGCUCGGCAGCCCGGCCCUCCAGGGCCGAUGAACCCAGGCUUUCAACAGCCGGGGCAAGGUCCACCACAAGGUCUUCCACCACAGAUGGUUCCCCCGUCGAGUCAGCCGGGGCUCCCCCCGCAGCCUUCCGGACCGCUAACUUCUCAACCGGGGCCCAUGCCUCCAAGUUCACGGUCCGGUCCCUCAAACUUACCUCCUCAGCCAGAAUCCAGUUCGGAUUCAAGUCGCCCACCCUUUCCUCCACAACAGGGGCAGUCUGGACCUCAUGGUCAGCCAGGGCAACCUGGGUUCCCUAGUCAGCCCGGUUUACCUCCACAACCGGGCAUGCCUCCUCAGCAAAGUAUGCAGCAGCCAGGGCUUCCGCCGCAACCUGGAAUGCCCCCGCAACCACAGACUGGUUUUCCGUCCCAACCCGGCCAGCAGGCUCAGAAACCAGGGUUAAAUCAGCCAGGCAUGCCUCCUCAUCCUGGUAUGCCGCCCCACCCGGGUAUGCCGCCUCAUCCUGGCAUGCCGUCACAGCCAGGCAUGCCAUCUCAAGGUUUAUCUCAACCAGGCUUACCACCCCAACCUGGGAUGCAACCCAAACCCAUGAUGCAGCAACCUGGCAUGCCUCCACAGCCUGGUAUGCCUCCUCAACCCGGAAUGCCUCCUCAGCCUGGGAUGCACCAGCCCGGUCUUCCACCGCAACCGGGUAUGCCGCCGCAUCCAGGAAUGCAACAACCAGGGAUGCCUCUGCAACCAGGAAUGCAGCAACCGGGAAUGCCACCACAACCUGGGAUGCCGCCACAACCUGGAAUGCCUCCUCAACCAGGGAUGCCACCUCAACCGGGCAUGCAGCAGCAAUACCAAUCCAUGCCUGGUCUGCCGCACAUGCCGCCGCCUCUCGGCCAGCAAAGACAGUAUCCAGGGAUGCCUCCAGUGAGCCAGCAGCCGGGUUUUCAACAGGGCUACCAGCAACCUCAGUCGGGAUAUCCUCCGCAGCCGCCGUUCCCUGGUCAACAGCCCAGUUACCCUGGUCAGCAGCAGCCGCAGAAGAGGCUUGACCCUGACAAUAUGCCUAGUCCGAUCCAAGUAAUGGCCGACGACCAACAAAACCGCGGGGGCAUCUUCGUGACGAACGAGAAGGGUUUAGUGCCGCCGCUCGUCACCACCGACUUCGUCGUCGACGACAAGGGAAAUGCCAGUCCUCGGUACAUAAGGAGCUCAAUGUACAGCGUGCCAGUGACGGCUGAUUUGCUCAAACAGACCUCGAUGCCUUUCUGCUUGGUUCUAGCCCCAAUGGCCGAAACAGUGGGAACAGAAUUGGAGCCACCACUGUUGGACUUCGCAGCGCUGACCAACUCGCCGACCAUGGGCCCUGUGCGUUGCUGCCGCUGCAAGGCCUACAUGUGCCCGAACAUGAAGUUUAUUGACGCCGGCAGACACUUCAAGUGUGCCUUCUGUAAGGCUACUACUGAGGUGCCAAUGGAGUACACGCAGUACGUGAACAGCAUGCAGCAGUACGGACGCAUGCCGGCCGAGAUGGCGCUGGGCGCUUACGAGAUCGUCGCCACCAAGGAGUACUGCAGGAACAACACGCUACCGAACCCGCCUGCGAUAAUCUUCGUGAUCGACGUGUCAUACAACGCUGUCAAGAGCGGCCUGCUGCAGACAGUUUGCGACAACAUCUCCGAAUUUAUCGAGGCGAUGCCAAAAGACCCUCAGACAGGUCAAACGUGGACAAGAGUGGGAUUCAUCACUUACAGCUCAACCGUGCAUUUCUAUAACAUUAAGGUAUUACUUUUUCUAUAA